UAUAUCACUAACAAAGUACCGCUCAAAACUAAACAAAAAUGGCUUUGUUUGUCCCGUUUGCCUGCUUCAUCAUUCUAUCAACCUCCUUCACUACAAUUCAUGGACUAUUCUCAGAGCAAUCUCCUCUAUCCCUAUCUGCAAUAAGAAUGGAGAAACUUACCCGCCUCCACUUCUAUUUCCAUGACAUCCAAGGCGGCCAAAAUCCAACUGCCCUAAGAAUUCUUGGGCCACCAAACAAGUCGGUUGGUAGCUUCGGAUCUACUUUCAUAACAGACGAUCCACUGACCGAGAAGCCAGAGGCUAGCUCAAAGCUUGUAGGAAGAGCUCAGGGCAUUUAUGCUUUUGCUUCUCAACAUGAUUCAGGGUUGCUCAUGGUCCUGAAUUUUGCUUUCAUAGAGGGUAUGUACAAUGGCAGUACCCUUAGCAUUCUUGGGAGGAAUCCUUUUAUGGAUACCAUGCGAGAGAUGCCUAUAGUCGGAGGCAGUGGAGCUUUCCGGUAUGCACGGGGCUAUGCACUAGCAAGGACAUUCUCCUUCAAUCCAAAGACUGGAGAUGCUGUUGUCCAGUACAAUGUGUCAGUGUUGCACUACUAGGAGCUAGCAUCACAUGGUUCAGUCAGUACAUGUGGUACAAAUAGUUUUUUGCGACCGAAAGUAUCAUUUGCUGCGCUGUUGCAUUUUCUUUUUCUUCCAUUUUGUAAUUGUGUUGAAUAGAAUUAUUGAGAAUUAUUCCAA